CCUCAGCCCCCCUCCUUUCCUCCCCCCGCCCCCAUCCCCCCCUUCCUCCCCACUCUCCGCUUCGCCUCCAACCCCUCUCUACCCCCCUUCGCCCAUCUUCCCAUCGUCUCCAACACGGCAUCUCAUGUUCUCCUUGCAGCUCUGGCAACGUGUUGGCCAUUCUGAUUGGUUCAUUGGUCUUUGCAGCAGCCACAGUGGGUGUGCUGCUGCUCAUGGAGACACUCAGUGCUUUCCUGCACGCGCUCAGGCUGCACUGGGUGGAGUUCAUGAACAAGUUCUAUGUCGGCGAUGGCUACCAGUUUGUGCCCUUUGCGUUUGCCUCUCUGCCUGAUGAGGAGGACUAG